UGUAAAACUCUUUCCAUCACUGAUUCUCUUUCCCAGGAAGCAUUUCCAAAUUUCAACUAACAAUUAAGAAAUUGAGAAUUUAUGUUAUUGAUUUUGUCAUAUAAAACACCUUAAUUUGUUUUAUCAGAAUGGGAAGGACUUCAUUAUACAGUGAAGAAAGUUUGAAGAGAGGAGCCUGGACAGCUGAAGAAGACCAGAAGCUCAUCGCUUACAUACAAAAAUAUGGUGAAGGAGGUUGGCGUUACCUGCCCCAGAAAGCUGGUCUUCGAAGAUGUGGGAAGAGCUGUAGACUGAGAUGGGUAAAUUAUCUGAGACCUGGCGUUAAGAGAGGAGACUUCACCUCGGAGGAAGCUCAAACCAUCAUUGAACUUCAUGCUGCACUAGGCAACAGGUGGGCAGAAAUAGCCAGGUACUUACCAAAGAGAACAGACAAUGAGAUAAAGAACUAUUGGAAUGCUCAUCUCAAGAAACGCUUAGCUAAUAUGGGUAUAGAUCCGAUGACUCACAAGCCUCUUGGCACCACUCCUGGAGCCUCAUCCAAGGGUAAUGGAUCUGAACGUGCAAGGUCUUGUUCGAGUUCUUCGUCUCGAGUUUUAAACAACAUGGCUUCCAGAUUCGCUUCAUUGCAUUGCAUCGAUGAACUUCACAAUUGGCAAAACCGCAACAACAUUCCACCAGGACCAAUCCAAGUUGAUCAUAGUGUUACUACAACAACUACCUGUGAUGGUGGACUUUCAGCCGGCGACAUAAAUAUGGACGAUAUGAUCUUUGAUACUCCAGGAUCUCCGUUAUUUUAUAACUCAAACUAUUUAGAAAAUGAACUAGAACCAUCGGACUUUUUUUAUAUUCCUUGAAUAUAUUGGAAAGAACAGAAAUUUUUGGUCCACAUGCAUGAGGGGUACUAUGAGGUAAUGAAGCUGUAUUAUUAUCUAAAU